AUGUCUUCAAGCAACAGCAAGGAGACUGUCGCCUCUCUGCCCCAGGACCUUCAAGGUGCUGCGCCGGAUCUGACCGACGGUCGCGAACAGCCUUGGAAGAAAUUCCUCGCCGCAGAGAACGAGUGCAACAAUCGUCCAUGGACUGGAUGGCAGCCAACUGAAGACAAACCUUUUGAGAAGCCGUGGCUCAGGUGGAGUGUUGAGUUUGGAGUUGACAACUUUCGACACAUGACUGGUUCUUAA